AUGACACACCAGCCCUCAGACAUGACACUCCAGCCUUCAGACAUGACACACCAGCCCUCAGACAUGACACACCAGCCUUCAGACAUGACACACCAGCCUUCAGACAUGACACACCAGCCUUCAGACAUGACACACCAGCCUUCAGACAUGACACACCAGCCUUCAGACAUGACACACCAGCCUUCAGACAUGACACACCAGCCUUCAGACAUGACACACCAGCCUUCAGACAUGACACACCCUUCCUUCAGACAGGACACACCAGCCCUCAGACAUGACACACCAGCCCUCAGACAUGACACACCAGCCUUCAGACAUGACACACCAGCCCUCAGACAUGACACACCAGCCUUCAGACACACCAGCCUUCAGACAUGA